CUCACUUUCGCGGAACUUUUGGCGAUCUACUCUCCUUAUCUCCAUACGUACUAUUCUUUACUAAAGCUCUGCUGCUCUGGUCUGAUCAUAACACACAGGUGAUCCUAGAGCUAUCUUCCACGCCGUGGAUUUUCUACCUCCGACGAGGGCCGUGGACUUUCUGAUUAAAAGCGAUUCCCUCAACAGUGAUGGAAAAGGCUGCAUCAAAUCAAUCUCUUCAACCUUCUUCCAAGCAUCCAUGGGAUGUACCUGCUCUUGCUGAUUUGGAUGAGAGAUUGAAAGCAAUGCUUAUUACUGCAUUCGAAGAAGAGGACAAUGCCGGUGAUACCUUUGCUGAACGAGCAGAAUGGUACUACGAGAAGCGCCCUCAGCUUCUCGCUCUCCUCAAGGACUUGUACAACGGAUACAUCACUUUGUUGAACAGUUGCAGCCGAAGUCAAAGCACACUCAGCAGGCACCCUUCUCAGGUCCUGGCAAUUGAUCACAUAUGCCACAUUCGAGAGGAAGAAUAUGAUGCCGAGGCCAGCCAAAUUGACUCGGAUGCUGAAUGCUCUCUCUCUUAUCAACAGCCAAUUUCUGCGCAAAAUCACAGCAUUGACGACAUUGUUGCAGAUCUUGUGAUCGAGAACAUGAAGAAUGAUUUAUUAAAGGACCAAUUAAAUGACAUGGACACAUUAUGCCAUGAGGCGUUGAGGAAGAUAGAUCUGUUAAAGAAAUUACUUGAGCUGUUAGAAUCUGAGAGGAUGGUGUUACUGAAUGAGAAUGCAGGGUUAAGGUACAGGGUGUCAGCUCUUUUGGAGGAGAAUGAAGGGUUGUUGUCUGAGUCAAUGUUUAUGAAGAGAAGAGCAGCAGAGAUGGCCAGGUGUGUGCUAAAGAUGAGGGAGGAUCACAGAGUGUGUAUGCUCAAUCAGAAGAUUGAUAAUCUGCAAGAGCAAAUAUACGGGUUGGAAAAGAAGAACAAGGAGUAUUAUCAGCAGCUGGUGAAGAGGCACCGGACUGACAAAGAAGAGAGAAGCAGCAAUUUGAAGGGGAAUGGGAAGAGCAUUGGAGUUCCCGGGGAAGCUUUAGGUUCUGAGGGUUAUUUCCAUUUUGAGGUCACGAAGAGGGACGAAGAUAAUGGUGGAAAGAAAGAGGUCAGUUGGUGGAAAAGGGUUAAGACCAUGAAUUUCUUUAUCUGUGGCCUACACCAAAGUUACACUUUUUAAUGCCUACUGUUCCUCUAACUUCCAUAAAACAGGGUACCGUAAGUAGUAUUAGUUAUGAGUAGGUCCAAUCAACGAAGAUAUAAGGCGCCUUCUGGGUAAGAAAUCUGCCUCAUUGAUAUGGGCGUAUGUCAAUUUGGAUCAGCCCUUGAUCCUGAGCAAGGAUAGACUGCUCGACACAUCCAAGCUCGACUGCUUUACACAUCCAAGCUUGAAGGGGUCUCGAAUCGUUGGAUCUGUGCUGAGUUUGAAUUGUUGUUCUGGUGUUUGCUGAUGUUCUUUGAAAGUUCUCGCUUUGUUCAUGAAUGGCAAGAGCGGUUUUUGUACAGGGUAUUAAUGUCCAAAAAUUGUCGCUAGAGAUGCAAAAAACCGGUAAAAAAAAAAAAUAGUGGACCGUGCAGUUCUUGACA